AACUGUCACGGAAUCUGCUGGACCUCAUCAUGUCCUUUCCCUGUCUCCACAGCUCCUGAACUUUUCCUCCUCAGGUCACGCUCUGAGACCAUUCUUGGAAAACUAGUAGAUCCCCACUUUCUGGUCUGCAGCCAUUCUGGGCCUGCCAAGCUCAGAUCUGACUGGCCCGCUUCUGCCCUCUUGUGGCCUGAUGCUCAAGCUUCAUGGAGGAACAGAACCCACCGUCCUGGAGUGCUGAAACAGGUAACAAGGAAGAGGGACUCAUUUAAGCUAUUCUUUUCCAAAGGAACCUUCCAGACUCUCCUCUGCCAUCGACGCAGACAACUACAUUGAAGUGAGUGAUUCGGUCACCCUCAUGCCUUCGAAAGUGGUGAUUCAAGAUAUUACUAUGGAGCUACACUGCCCACUGUGCAAUGACUGGUUCCGUGAUCCGCUGAUGCUAAGCUGUGGGCACAACUUCUGCCAGGCCUGUAUCCAAAACUUUUGGAAGCUGAAAUCAAAGGAAACAUUCUGUCCUGAGUGUAAAAUGUUGUGUCAAUAUAGCAACUGUACGUUCAACCUUAUACUAGAGAAGCUGGUGGAGAAGAUUAAGAAGCUACCCCUACUCAAGGGCCAUCCACAGUGCCCAGAGCAUGGAGAGAACCUGAAACUGUUCAGUAAACCAGAUGGGAAACUGAUCUGCUUUCAAUGCAAGGAUGCCCGUUUGUCUGUGGGGCAGUCCAAGGAGUUCCUGCAGAUCUCUGAUGCUGUUAAUUUCUUCAUGGAGGAGCUUGCCAUUCAGCAGGAUCAUCUGGAAACAACUUUGAAGGAGCUUCAGUCUCUGAAGAACAUGCAGAAGGAUGCUAUUGCUGCUUACAAGGCUAGUCUCAGUAAUAACUAUGGUGAUGAUCAUGGAGGUUUCCAGGAAAACAAGAUACAUCUACAGCAGCACGUGUCCUUGGAGUUUCUAAAGCUGCAUCAGUUCCUGCACAGCAAAGAAAAGGACAUUUUAAAUCAGCUCCGGGAAGAGGGCAAAACUUUGAACGAGGAGAUGGAGAUGAACCUGAACCAGCUUCAUGAACAGUGUCUAUUGGCCAAAGAUAUGCUGGUUAGCAUUCAGGUACGGAUGGAACAGCAGAACUCCUUCGACUUCCUCAAGGACAUCACAAAUCUUUUGGACAGCUUGGAGCAAGGAAUGAAGGUGCUGACACCCAGACAGCUUAUCUCCAGGAAGCUGAACCCAGGUCUGUUCAAAGGACCCAUCCAGUAUAUGAUGUGGAGGGAGAUGCAGUCCACCAUUCUUCCAGGCCUAUCUCCAUUAACUCUGGACCCUAAAACAGCUCACCCAAAUUUGGUGCUCUCUAAAAAUCAAACCAGUGUAUGGCAUGGUGACAUUAAGCAAGUCAUGCCUGAUGAUCCAGAGAGGUUCGACUCCAGUGUGGCUGUGCUGGGCUCAAAAGGCUUCACAUCUGGAAAGUGGUACUGGGAAGUAGAAGUAGCAAAGAAGACAAAAUGGACUGUUGGAGUCGUCAGAGAAUCCAUCAUUCGGAAGGGCAGCUGCCCUCUAACCCCUGAGCAAGGAUUCUGGCUUUUGAGACUAAGGAACCAAACUGACCUAAAGGCUCUGGAUUUUCCUUCGUGCAGCCUGAAACUGACCAACGACCUCAAGAGGGUGGGCAUCUACCUGGAUUACGAAGGUGGACAGGUGUCUUUCUACAAUGCUAUAACCAUGGUCCACAUUUAUACCUUCAGCAGCACUUUCAUGGAGAAACUUUAUCCUUACUUCUGCCCCUGCCUUAAUGAUGGUGGAGAGAAUAAAGAACCUCUGCACAUCUUACAUCCACAGUAAUUAGUCAUACUGUUGUAUAAAUCCAAAGCACUAUUAAAGAGGUAUUGAAACAGUU